AUGAAGCUUCUCGCGUUGGCCGUUGUUGUUCUUGUGGCUGUGUGGUGCGUCGUAUUCAAUGCCUCUUCUUCUUCUUGUGCCGUUCUCGCACAGGAACAGAUUGAUAUCAAGCGAUACAAUAUUGAACCUGGCUCAUUGAGUGUAUCAGGAAUUUCUGCUGGAGGAUUUAUGGCAGUUCAAUUUCAAGUGGCCUUUUCCAAGUCUGUAAAGGGAAGUGGUAUUGUUGCUGGAGGUCCCUAUGAUUGCGCUCAAGGUCAAUUGUUGAAUGCUCUCAUGGCUUGUAUGAAGUCACCAGGAAGUAUUUCUCUCAGCUCCAUUUCCGGCACUGUGUCAUCGUACGAGAAGCAAGGUUUGAUUGAUCCUUCAUCGAACGUGAAGAAUCACAAGAUUUACCUAUUCUCUGGUACUCAGGACUCGGUGGUUGCUCCUGGAGUCAUGUCAAAGCUUCUCGAUCAGUAUACCAACUACUUUGGAGUGAGCAAGUCCAAUAUUGUGACCGAUUUCAACACACCAGCUCAACACUCCAUGAUCACCAAUGAUUAUGGAAACUCGUGUGGAUAUUUGGGCUCUCCUUACAUUAACAAUUGUGGUGUUGAUGGUGCUGGUAACUUUUUCAAACAAGUCUAUCCUGACUUUAAGACUGGAGGAGGUGCUGUGAGUGGAAACUUGUUCACCUACAAACAAAGUGGAAGAUAUAGUGCUAGCUCUUUUGAUUCCAAUGGCUACAUUUACAUUCCUACUGCUUGUCAACAAGGUGCUCAAUGUAAAGUCUCUAUUGCUUUCCACGGAUGCAAUCAAGGAGCUAGUGUUAUUGGUACCUCCUAUGUUGCCAAUGCUGGCUACAACAAACAUGCUGAAUUGAACAACAUUAUUGUUGUGUAUCCACAAGUUGCUGUCUCAUAUUUCAAUCCAAUGAAUGCACAAGGAUGUUUUGAUUGGUUCGGAUACAGCUCCUCUCAAUAUGCUACCAAGCAAGGCCCACAAAUGGCUGCUAUUGCUAACCUUAUCACAGAUUUGGGUUAUUCUUUGUAA